AUGCUCUUCGUCGCAGCGCUCGCGUCACUGUGCCUGCACGCGCCCGUCGUCCAGCCCGCGCUUCCGCUCGCGGCCCGCCUACCCAGUCCCUUUUGCUGCGUGCCGUCCGAACCGGCUGCAUCGCCAUCUCCUCCAUCGCCGCCUCCACUGCCGCCGUCGCUGCUGCCUGCCGCGCUGCGCCACCCGCUCGCGCAAAUGGGCGUCUGUCUCGCCGGGUAUGGCCUCCACGUGGCCGUUCUAUCGCGUCGACAUCUCGCCAUCGGCUCGCUCCGCGUCGGCCUCGACACCCUGGCCGGCCUCGCGGUGCUUGGCGCAGCGGCGAGGCACCGCACCGCACGCGGUGCGGGUGCUGUGCCGGCUUGGCUUCUCGGCGAGGUUGAUCCGACGGAUGGUUCGGACGCUGGGCGGCACUGCCUCGACCUGCGCAGCGAGCCCAAGGCGGCGAAACUGCGAACCGCCGCCACCGCCGCUGUGACGCUGGCGCUGCUCUACGCGCUGGUGGCACUGGGUCUGCCUCUCACUCGUUCCUCAAUGGUGGGCGCCAUCUACCUCCUCCUCGUCAAGCUCAUGGCCGCGCGCCACAACCAGCCGGGCAGGCCUUUCUUCGGGGCUGGCGGCUGGGCGCCGAUGGAGCGCGCGGUGCGGUGGAGGCUGGCGUCUCCUUGGCUGCUGCCGGUGCUCGGCGGCUACGUCGCGUCAGUCGGCAUCUUCAACCUCGUGGAGCCGCUCAAUCAGGUGGAGCGCAAACACCCGCCGUCCUUUGGCCCGCCUGGCGCGAUACGCUCGCUGCUCGUCAAUGCGGCGACUCCGUGCAUCGGCGCGCCGCUCUUCGAGGAGGUGCACUCGCGUGCCUUUGUGAUGCAGGCGCUUACGAGCGCCAUGCCACUCCGGCUGGCGCUACUCGCCAACGGGGCACUCUUCGGUGCGCAGCACCUGCAAGCCGGGCUCGUGCUGCCGCUUGCCGCGAUGGGCUACUUCUGGGGCGUGCUCUACGCCCUCUCGGGCAACUUGCUCGUCCCUGUCGCCGUGCAUGCGCUCUGGAACUCGCGCAUUUUCCUCGGCUCGGCGCUAGCCCUUUGA